AUGAAGGACGUCUUCAUUGUACCGCACACGCUCAACAGCUACCAGAAUUUCCUGGCCUUUGUUUUCGCCGUAGAAGAGAUCAACAAGAAUCCUCACCUUUUACCCAACGUGUCUCUGGGCUACGAGUUCCAUAAUUUCCUGUACAGUCAUUGGAAAACACUGGAGAGUUCCCUCACUCUGCUCACAGGACAGAAUGGAACCCUUAACUACAGCUGCCGGAGAAAGAGCACGGCCGUAGCAGCGCUCACAGAAACAUCCUGGGCAGCUUCCUCUCAAGUGAGCACGCUGCUGGAGCUCUACAGAUUUCCGCAGGUGACCUUUGGCUCCUUUGAUCCUGCGCUGAGAGACAGUGGCCAGUUCCCUUCUCUGUACCAGGCGGCCCCCAAGGACACGUCCCUGGCCCUCGGCAUGGCCUCCUUGAUGCUUCAGUUCCGCUGGACCUGGGUGGGCCUCAUCAUCACAGAAGGCCACAGAGGUUUUCGGUUCCUCUCAGAUGUGAGAGCAGAGAUGGACAGGAGCAGAGUCUGUGUAGCAUUUGUGAAAGUGGUCUCAAGUGCUUUCACAUCGUAUUUCUUCAGACCAAAGCAGCAUGAUAUCAUAACCAGGGAAACGUCACCAGCGAACGUGGUUAUCAUCUAUUAUGAUACAGAGGGCCUCAAUGACAUAAACUACCUUAUAGGGCAAAGUUUAGUGACAUGGAAGGUCUGGGUCACAAACUCACAGUGGCGUGCAGACGUGGGUGGAAGAAAUUUCAUUCUUGACUUGUUCCACGGGACCCUCAUAUUUUCAAACCACCACGAGGAGAUUUCUGGUUUCAAAACUUUUGUCCAAGCAGUGAGCCCUUUCAAGUACCCAGAAGACACUUACCUCACUAUGUACUGGUUCCAGAAUUUCCGCUGCUCCUUCUCUGACCUGGACUGUGCGCUGCAGGACUGUGCCCCCAAUGCCUCCCUGGCACGGCUGCCUGUGAACCGUUUUGAUCCGGAGAUGAGUGACGAGAGCUACAACACGUACAACGCCGUGUACGCGGUGGCCCACGCCCUCCACGAGAUGCUUCUACAGCAAGCGCAAGGGCCGCCGAUAGGAAGUGGGGAGUCCUCCGUGUUUUCCCCGUGGCGGCUGCACCUCUUCCUGAGGAACAUUCAAUUUAACAGUCCUGCUGGAGAGCCGAUGAAUUUGGAUGAUGAUAAGAAACCAGACGCAGUGUAUGACAUUCUCAACUUUUGGAAUUUUCCAGAUGGCCUUAGACUUAAGAUCAAAUUAGGAACAUUUACCCCACAUGGUCCACACAGCCAGCAAUUAUCUUUAUCUGUUGAAAUGAUCGAAUGGGUCACAGGAAUUCCAGAGGUUCCCAAAUCUGUAUGCAGUGAGAGUUGUAAUCCUGGAUUUAGGAAAACUCCUCAAGAGGGAAAGGCUGCCUGCUGUUUUGACUGCACCCCUUGCCCAGAGAAUGAGAUCGCCAAUGCCACAGACAUGGAGCAGUGUGUGGAGUGUCCAGACCAUCAGUACGCCAACACUCAGAGAAACCACUGCCUCCAAAAGUCUGUGACUUUCCUGGAUUAUCAAGCUCCCAUGGGAAAGGCCCUGGCUGGAACAGCCUUGAGCUUCACUGUCCUCACAGCUGCUGUUCUUGGGCUCUUUGUGAAGCACCAACACACUCCCAUCGUCAAGGCCAACAACCGGGCUCUCAGCUACACCCUGCUCAUCUCCCUCACCUGCUGCUUCCUCUGCUCCUUGCUCUUCAUUGGCCGGAAGACCUAA